AUGAACGAACCCCCCACCGGCUCUCGCCAUCUCAGCCAGCCUCUCCCAGGUCAUUCACGAUCACCGUCGCCCAUGUCCUUCCCGGAUAGUAGAGCUGCGCAUCCACCGUCACCGCUGGAGGGGUUACAAGGCAAGCGGAUACAUGAACUCCAGGAAGAGGAGCUGCGCAAGCAAGAAACCCAACAAGACCUAAACCAGGACUCGCAGCUAGGCACACUGAGCGAGACCCAGGAACAGGAGGAGCAUGGCGAACACAAAGAUCGCAUGCACGGGGAGCACCUUCGACACGAACUAUAUGGGGAGAUACCCGAGGCUCCGACAAACACACAGACCCACCCGGGACAACAACCCGAACUACAAGGCGAUCUCAAGCAACAAAAUCUGGCUCCUCAAGUCAGCAUUCGAUCCCGAAAGCCAAUGGAUUCGGACUCGGCAUCCCAAGCCUCGGAGAACAACGCACCCCGCAGUAUCGCUGUCUCCAACGCCUCCGCGAUAUCCACCCAUCCUCAUCGCAGUGAGAACGAGGCUCGUGUAGUCAACGACCCGCCUCAGCCAGUAGAGCUUGCCAUCACCGCGGACGACUCCAGCGAGGAGAUCGUCAUGUCCCCCACGUCUUACCCCGGACAGGAGUGGACGCCCAUGCAUUUGUAG